AUGUCGGAAACGCAAGAGAAUAGAGUAUACCCUGGCAUUACAAAACCUUUGUCUUUAGAGAAGCCAGGCCCACGUGAUACUCAAUUAACAAUAGAAUUAGAAAAAACGUUAAAUAUAUAUGGUUUAUAUGAUUCUGAAGAAAGAGCCCAGCAAAGAUGUCAAGUGCUCCUGUCACUGGAUGAUUUGACUAAGCGAUUUGUUAAAAUGGUUUAUGAGAAGAAAGGCUAUAUCGAAUUAGCUAAAAAGGCAGGAGGAAAGGUGUUUACAUAUGGAAGCUAUCGUUUAGGAGUAAACGCAACAGAUGCAGAUAUUGACACACUAUGUGUCUUUCCAAAAUACGUGGAUCGAAUUGACUUUUUUACAGUCAUGCUUGAACUGUUAAAAACACAUGAACAUAUAACAGAUAUUACAGCUGUAACCAACGCUUAUGUACCACUCAUCAAGUUUAAAUUCAACGAUAUCCCUAUUGAUUUUAUUUGUGCAAGACUGAAUGUGGAUCAGAUACCAGAAGAUAUUGAUUUGAAAGAUUCUAAUCUACUACGAAAUCUGGAUGCACUCUCUGUUCGAAGCUUAAAUGGAACAAGAGUAGCAGACGAUAUUUUGGACCUAGUGCCUAAUGUUGAUACAUUUAGGACCGUAUUACGUUGUAUAAAAUUAUGGGCAACUAGAAAAGCUAUUUAUUCAAAUGUUUUAGGCUUUUUAGGAGGUGUUGCUUGGGCGAUACUAGUAGCUCGAAUAUGUCAGCUCUAUCCUAAUGCCUCUGCAAGCACAGUUAUUGACAAAUUUUUUCAUAUACUCAUCACUUGGCCAUGGCCAUCACCUGUACUAUUAAAAGCAGUAGAAGAUGGCCCUAUUGUGCCUACAAUUAAGCCAUGGAAUCCAAAGUUAAAUCCUGUUGAUCGUUGUCAUCGCAUGCCGAUCAUUACACCUUCUUAUCCAAGUAUGUGCGCGACGCACAAUGUGACACCGUCAACGCAGCGUAUCAUCAUAGGCGAACUGAAGCAAGCAGCUGAGAUGGUUGAGAAGAUUAUAGCUGGAUCUGCGACAUGGUCACAACUGUUUCAACCUCAUAGAUUCUUUGAAAUGUAUCAUCAAUACCUCCAGAUCACAGUGAUUGCAGACGAUUACAAUCUUCAACUCAAAUGGGCUGGUCUAGUGGAAGCAAGAAUAAGGCAGUUCGUGAUAAAGCUGGAAGCAGUGCCCCCUAUUCUGCUGGUACAUCCGUUUGUAGAUGGCUUUAGCGAGAAUCAUAUAUGUAACAGUGCAAGUGAUGUCAGUGCCAUGAGUCUAGGAAGGAAACCAGACAGCAAAAAUAAUGGUACAGUAUCUGGGAAAAUGAUUUAUUCAAAAACGUUCUACAUUGGACUAUACAUUCGUCGUGCAGGUUUAAAUCAAAAACUAGACUUAACGAUUGAUAUAUGUGUGCCGAUUGAAGAGUUUAAGAAUACACUUAGAUUAUGGCCAGAGUACAAUAGCCGGCAUAUGGCUGUUCAUGUUGAAGCAAUACACCAAUCUGAUUUACCAAGGGACUUGCUGACGAAAUCGAAUACAGCAGGAAAGAGAACACUAAAGGUAAACAAACAUAAGCAAGGCAAUGCGUAUUAA